AUGAUAUCAGACUCAGAUGAUUCAUUCGUGGAAAGUCAACGCCAUUUUUCAUCGUCAUGGGGAAAACAAACAGAUCUACAAAUGAGGUUUCCAGAAACAAGUAGAGUGCAACAAAUCCAUGUCAAGUGUCAUCUGAGCAGAGAUAAUGUAUUGGAACCGAGAUCAGUUCAGAGAGUUUCGAAAAAAGGUGUGCCAUGUGAUGUUAUAGUUUUGGAUUUCACACGCUGUUCGGCGACCGUCGUUCGUAUCGAUCUUUGA